AUGAAUAUAUUAUAAGAGUACCAAUUGCAGGAGUGUUUGGGGAAUGGAUCUUAUGGGAUAGUGCACAGUGGUGUGAAUGUGGAGAGUGGGAAACGAGUGGCAAUCAAGAUGUUGAGAGAGACGUUUGAGUCGAUGGAGGAGUGUCUGCAAUUGAGAGAAGUGAAGGCGUUGAUGAAAUUGAAGGAGCAUCCAAACAUCAUAAAAUUGCUCGACAUGCGAUACGAGAACAAGCGCCUGUACUUGAUCUAUGAAUAUGUGGAGAACAAUGUGUACUAGCUCUAUACGUAGGAUAAAUUGGAUGAGGAGCGAAUAAAGCACAUAAUACUGCAAUGUGCGAAUGCUUUGCUCCACAUCCAUCAUCUGGGAUAUUUUCAUAGGGACAUAAAGCCGGAGAACAUAUUGAUUGAGAAUGAAUGCGUAAAGCUGAUAGACUUCGGCCUUUCAAGGGAAGUCAAGCCCCCCUUUACUGAUUAUGUGUCCACUCGAUGGUACAGAGCUCCUGAGAUCCUGCUGCAUUCAACUAGUUACGAUGCAUAGAUAGACAUAUUUGCUUUGGGAUGUGUCACAUGCGAAUUGUUUUUGGGAAGACCCUUAUUCGUGGGUGGUUCAGAGUUGGAACAGUUUGAUCGAAUGCAGCAAAUAUUGGGUACAUUCAGUAACUAAGAUUGGAGUGAAGGGGUCAAAUUGGUGAAUCAACUGGGAUUGAAGUUGACACACUACCCAUAGAAGUUAUUGCAUGCAAUCAAAGCAUCCCCAAUGGCUUUAGAUUUGAUACAGGGAAUGCUUAAGUGGAAUCCAAAAUAAAGAUUCACAGCUAAACAAGUCACUGAACAUUUACUGUUCAAGUAGUAACAAACAACGCCAGAGUUUGCUCCUAGAAAACUACAAGAUCUAGGACAAUAAUAACAGGAGUUGAAGAAGUUUACAAAUUAAAAACAACAAUACUAAACGAAGAAAUGAUUUUAUAUUAUUUUGAUUUAUGAGAUAAGUGUUUGGUA